AUGAUUUAGUUCAACCGAACAUGGCUGCAACACAAAAUUUACUCAAUUAUGAAAUUUUUAAAUAUUCCAGCUUUUCGUCUGGAUAUGAGCCACAAAACAUCCUCAUAGACAAUCCAUCAGAGCAAGGAUCAAGAUGGUCUUCAGAUUGCAGCAAUCUGCCACAAUUUAUUACUCUAAAAUUAGAAAAGCCAGCAAUUGUAACAAGAGUGUAUUUUGGUAAAUACGAAAAGCAGCAUGUCUGUAAUCUGAAAAAGUUUCAAAUAUAUGGCGGUUUGAAAGAAGAUGUUAUGACAUUGCUCUAUGAAGGUGGACUACGCAAUAACGAACAUCCUGAAGAGUUUAUUAUAAAACAUACGCUACAAGGAGCUUAUUUUCCGUGUAUUUUCAUAAAAAUCGUUCCAAUGAAAUCUCAUGGUUCUUCGUUCAACUUCAGUAUUUGGCAUGUGAGAUUAACAGGAAUAAAUAAUGAGGAAGAAGUAAAAAAGAGUUUAAACUUGUAUAAUGAAUACCGUGAAAAGGAAGCUAUGAGAGUUUGCUUAAAACACUUACGACAAAAUAGACAAUACGAAGCCUAUGAAGCUCUAAGGAAAAGGACAAAGAUUCAAUUAGAGCAUCCCUUACUGACAGAGCUAUAUCACUAUCUAGUCGCUCGAGGUGAUAUUGAAAAAUGUGAAAGAAUAUUAGAGGAUGCGUGUGAGCAAGGUUUGUUUUCCUCUUACGUUUCUCAACAAGAUUAUCAGCCUAAGUGGACUCCAAUUGAAACUUCUCCAUCGCCUGGAAUGAGAGGUGGCCAUCAAAUGAUUGUGGAUCCGGAAAGUAACGUAUUAUUUCUACAUGGCGGUUGGAAUGGUGUUCAGGAUUUGGAUGAUUUUUGGAUGUUCGAUUUACGAAAUUCUGUAUGGUCGUGUCUGUCGGAGAGUACUAAAUUAGACGACGGCCCAAGUCCUCGUUCAUGUCAUAAAAUGUCAUUGGAUCAUAGUAGAAGACAAAUAUUUAUGCUUGGCCGAUAUUUAGAUAGUGCAACUAGAACAAAGGAAAAUGUGAGAUGCGAAAUGUUCAUGUUCGAUUUGAAUACGAUGAAAUGGACAUUAACGCACGAAGAUACCUAUGCAGUCGGAGGUCCUCGUCUGAUAUUCGAUCAUCAAAUGUGUACGGAUUCUAAAAAUCAUGUCAUAUACGUUUUUGGUGGGAAAAUUCUAUGCGAGAAAGAUGAAGAUCGUUUGUCAAAUGACAGUCUCUAUUCCGGAUUGUACUCAUAUUCUAUACCUAAUUCCACUUGGUUUAGAAUAAAGCCAGAUUGUUCAGAAUUACGCUCUAGAAUAUGCCACUCUAUGGUAUUUCAUCCUACUAAUAACUGUCUCUACAUUGUCGGUGGACAUAGAAACAAUAAAGAAGACUUAUCAGGACUAAUCUCGUAUGAUAUAAAUACAGAUGUAACAACAGUGAUUGAGUGCUCACAUCAUAUUCCACUUUCGAAUGGAUAUACCCAACGUGCGACCUUUAACGGUUUGACGAAUGAAUUACACGUGUUAAGAGGUCUUGCUAAGGAUAAAAAGGAGAGCACAUCAAAUUCGUUUUGGAUUUAUAAUUUGAACACUUCAAAGUGGACAUGCGUUUAUAAAAAUAGUAGAAAUUCUACAGAACCUCUUGGGAUAGCUCCUUUACCGAGGUACGCUCACCAAUUGGUUUUCAGUGAACAGAGACAAGAGCAUUUCUUAUUUGGAGGUAAUCCGGGAAGAGAUAAAUCUCCAACAACUAGACUUGAUGAUUUUUGGUCAUUAAAACUAUUUAAACCGAAUCCUGAGGAGAUCUUAAAGAAAUGUAGGCAUCUCUUAAGGAAGCAGAGAUAUAUUGAAUUGACAAGGACGAAGCCUAUUAUGGCAGUGAGAUAUUUACAAAACUGUUUGGCAGAUUCUGAUCAUAAACAAUUGAAAAAUUUGGCUACAACACUUUUUGACAAUGAAUUCGAAGAAGAGGAUGAUGGCGAUCUGAGGCUCAGAUUAUUCGAUGAAAUCUGCUCUUUCUUUCCAGCUAGCAUGACCCAACCAAAAAAGUCUUUAGUUGACCUUGUUGAAUUUAAUGAUGCUUGA